AUUACAUCUUCUGCCAAUAAUUUCAGACUAAAACUCUCAGCUUUUGGACCGUGACUUCAUAACUUAUAUACAUAUGUCCACAAAAAUAAUAUACUCUCCACCACUGAAAUGAAAAGGCAAAAUCAAAGCUCUGUGGUUGAAUUCAUCCUCUUGGGCUUUUCUAACUUUCCUGAACUCCAAGAGCAGCUCUUUGGGGUUUUCUUGGUUGUUUACCUUGGGACUCUGAUGGGAAAUGCCAUCAUUAUAGUCAUCAUCUCCCUGGAACAGAGCCUCCACGUUCCCAUGUACCUGUUCCUGCAGAACCUGUCUGUGGUGGAUGUGAGUUUCAGUGCAGUCAUUAUGCCUGAAAUGCUGGUGGUCCUCUCCACUGAAAAAACGUUAAUUACUUUUGCAGAAUGUUUUGCACAGAUGUAUUUUCUUCUUCUUUUUGGUGGGACUGAAUGUUUUCUCCUGGGGGCGAUGGCUUAUGACCGAUUUGCUGCAAUCUGCCAUCCCCUGAGCUACCCAAUGAUUAUGAACAAAAGGGUUUUCAUGAAAUUAGUAAUGUUCUCAUGGGUCUCAGGGAUCAUGGUGGCUACUGUGCAGACCACAUGGGUUUUCAGUUUUCCUUUCUGUGGCCCCAAUGAAAUCAAUCAUCUCUUCUGUGAGACUCCCCCUGUGCUAGAACUUGCAUGCGCAGACACCUUUCUGUUUGAAAUCUAUGCGCUCACUGGCACCAUUUUGAUUGUCAUGGUCCCCUUUGUGUUGAUUCUCUUGUCUUAUAUUCGGAUUCUCUUUGCCAUCCUGAAGAUGCCAUCGGCCACCGGGAGGCAAAAGGCCUUUUCCACCUGUGCCUCCCAUCUCACGUCUGUGACCCUCUUCUAUGGCACAGCCAGUAUGACUUAUUUACAACCCAAAUCUGGCUAUUCCCCAGAAACCAAGAAGGUGAUGUCAUUGUCCUACUCACUUCUUACACCUCUGUUGAAUCCACUGAUCUACAGCUUGAGAAACAGUGAGAUGAAAAAAGCUUUGAUGAAAUUGUGGCGAAGAAAGGUGGAUUCACAUAUAUUCUGACUGUGCUGAGAAGCUAUGUGCUGUUUGGUCGCUGACUGACUAAACUCUGUUUAAAUAUAACAAAUGGCCGUUCUAUAUACCUCAGUAUUAACAUGCUUAAUUUGUUAUUUUUCCAAGGUCAAUAAUAUAUUAGGGAUCCCUAUAUUGGUACUGUAUUAUUGUCAUUCAUUUUUUAAUAUAAUAUAUAAUACAACAGUUAAUCUGUUCCUCUGUUACGAUCAUCUAGAUCAUUACCGGAUUGUUGUCAUUAAGACAAAAC